CCAAUCCUCUAAAUCAGCAAAGACUCAAUACUGACUCCCACUAUCCAAGGGGCCCCGCGGCGGGCGCCGGUUUUAAGUGAUUUUUGGCCUCUCGUGGCCCCUGUAGCGUCCCUAGUUACCGGGCCCCUAGUAACCACCACCCUAAGCAAAGAGCAAUCGGGCGCCUGCGGCCACGCCGGCUUCCCCGCCCCGGGCCAGCGCGGGCGCUCAGGCCUCGGCGGCGCGGUGAUGGCCGCUUCGCACCGAGCGGCGAAGUUGGCGGCCAGCAGUCUGCAAACCCCGGUCAAUCCCAACACCGGAGCGCGGGUCGCCCAGUACGAACGCAAAGACCCCUUGAAUUCCCUGUCGGCGGCGGCGGCGGCCAUGGAGGAAGAGGAGGAAGAAGAAGAGAAAGAGGCGGCGGCACGGCUGGCGCGGGCGCCGGCUGAUUUUAACACCAGCAUUUCUAGGGUGAAUGAACAAAAGCAUAUAAGCCAUGAGGAUUUUGUGGACUUUUCUGAUAUUUACCACUCUAAUGAAGAGUAUUUCAGGAAACUAGAAGAGCUGAAGGCAGCCCACAUAGAAACUAUGGCAAAGUUAGAGAAAUUGUACCAGAGUAAAUUAAAUUUAAAGGAAGUUCAGCCAGCAGUCACCAGGGAAGAAGCUGCUAGUGUCUCUUCCGGGUCUUUAUCAGAAAAGAACUCCUAUCACCCUAUCUCAUUAAUGACAUCAAUUUCAGAACCUGAUUUAAGUCAGUCUUCCUCCUUGAUUGUGUCUUCAUCUGAAGAAGAGUUGCCCAACUUAGAAAAAAAGUAUUCUGAGAAAAGCAGUAUGAUGACCUAUGCUAAGGAGCUCAUCAACAACAUGUGGACAAACUUCAGUGUAGAAGAUUAUAUCCAGCAUGAAGAUGUCAACCUGCCAGUACUUGAAAAACAAAGAAAGAAACCAAAAGAAUGGGUGCCAAGGAUUACAGUACCUGAGCCUUUUCAAAUGACAGUUAGAGAGCAGAAGAAAAAAGAAGAGAACAUGAAAUCGAAAUCAGAUAUUGAAUUGGUACACAAACUGCUCAAGAAACAAGAAGAGGACUCAGAGUGUAAGAAAAAAUUCCGAGCCAACCCAGUUCCUGCGUUCGUCUUUCUCCCCCUUUAUCGUGAUAUAGUCAAGCAAAAUGAGGUAAGGAGGAGGGCUAUGAAGGAGAGAAACAAAGAAGCUCUUUUGGCCUCUCAAAAGCCCUUUAAGUUUGUUGCAAGGGAAGAACAGAAGCAAGCAGUUCGGGAAAAGCAGCUGAAAGACUUUUUUAAGUCUAAAAAGAAAACAAAUCGUUUUAAAGCCAGACCUGUACCUCGAUCUACUUACGGUUCAACUAUCAACGACAAGUUAACAGAAGAAGAAGUCUAUAAAAACAUUAGGGCGCAGCAGAGAACCCAAGACUUUUUACAGAAUCCAUCCCCUCUGCCUUACAGUCCAGCUCGCAGGACUUUUGCUACAAGGAAGUCCAGGGGUCCUGAACAGGCUGAGAAGUCCAAGUAUAAACACAGGGUUAGGCGCCAGGCUGCUGAUUCUGAAGACCUACCUGAGAGGUAUCAGAAACACCACUCAGAACAGAAGUAUCACAAAUUCCUGACAGUCUGUGAACCAUGUGACCUUCAGGCAGCCUCACACUCAUCCACUAAAAGAGAGAAAAUUUUGGCAGACAUUGAAGCAGAUGAAGAGAAUUUAAAAGAAACACGUUGGCCUUAUCUGUCUCCAAGGCACAAGUCACCAGUAAGGGCUGCGAACACAAAGCCUGCACCCUGUAGCUGCAACCCUCCAACGCCCACGGUGUCCUCCCGAGGAAGAGAGCAAGCCACAAGGAGAUCACUUGAGGAAAAGAAAAUGUUGGAAGAAGAGAGACAUCGGAUCUUAACUAAGCAGAAGCAAAGAAUAAAAGAAUUGCAGAAACUCCUGACAACCCGGGCUAAGGCUUAUGACUCACAUGAGAGUUUAGCUCAAAUGUCUAAAUCCAGAAUAAAAGCUCUCAGAAAGAGUGAAAAGGAAAGGAUGAGAGAAUACCGACGAGAACUAGAAGAAAGAGAAGAAAAAUUAAAAAACAGGCCGCUGCUAUUUGAAAGAGUUGCUCAGAAAAAUGCAAGAAUGGCAGCAGAAAAGCAUUAUUCUAACACUUUAAAAGCACUAGGAAUAUCUGAUGAGUUUGUUUCAAAGAAAGGCCAAAGUGGAAAAAUAUUUGAGUACUUCAGCAAUCAAGAGAUGAAAAAUUUCACUGAAGAUAAAGAAAGCUUUAAUGAAGAAGAAAAAAUAGAAGAAAGAGAGAAUGGGGAAGAAAAUUAUCUUACUGAUACCAACAGCCAAGAUUCUUGCAAGGAAACAGAUGAAGUCAAUGAAGAGAAUGGAGAAGAGAAAUGUGUUGAAGAAUAAAACUGAGUCAAUUGGCAGGGUCGCCUCUCUGUGCCCCUGCUGUUGUUGGCAGCAUUGGGCAUCAGAAGCUGUGCUUGUGGUGUUAAGGACAUCUAUGAGAACCCAUCUGUUGUGUGCAGGCCUCUUGAGCGAAGUCCUCAUGUGGCCUGAAAAGGUCAAAUCCAGCUAAUGGGUCAUUUGAUCAUUUAGAGUCAGGUUUUGCCUUCCAGUUUUUAAAAUCACUGUAUAUGGUCUGUUUGCAACUUUGAUCUAUUUUUAAAAAAUGUUUGAGAAUCACAGCUGUCACAAACUGAUUAGAUAUAAAAGUAUACAUCACUUCAUUAUUUUGGGUGGAAAAAUCACUUAACAUUGAGAGUAGAGAGAGGUAUUGGCCUUUGGUGAUUUGUUUGGAAAAAGUGUUCUGGAAAGCAUGAAUUGAAAAAUAAAUAUUUUUAAAUUAUA